AUGGACCGGGAUGGGAGGAUAGACUAUGAGGAGUGGCUGCUGUUCCUGGCACUGCUCUCCAUUCCCACAGAGGACAUCCAAGUGGCCUUCCACAUGGUGGAUGCAAACCACUCGGGAUCCAUCGAGGUGCUGGAACUUGAAGCACUCCUGGUCUCGCUCCGGAAGAGGCGGAAUGCGGAGGCGCUCAUGGAGUCCAUCACGGGGGCGCGGGGUGGGAGCCUGACACUGGCACGCUUUGCGCAAUUUGUCAACUCACUGCGGGAUGAAGUGAUGGCCAUGGAGUUUGCCUUUUACGACGUAGACUCCAAGGGGGUUAUGGCCGCUCAGGACUUUGCAUACUCUGUGAUUGGGGCCACAAGGCUCAAGCACCUGGACCAGUACCUGGACAAGAUCAAGGUGCUAGAGUAUCUCUUUGACGAUGGCGAUGGGGGCCUGAACAUCCAUUUCCUGAGGGAGGUCAUGAACCAGUCAUACAUCACGGGUCUGAGGAUAGAGGCAGACGAUGCAGGCCGGCAGGAGAAGCCGGGCGUUCUCACUUGCAUGGUCAUGUGCUUGAAGAGGUGA